GGAAGGAGCUUAAUUGAUUUCUUCGAUGUACCUAAGUCACUGUCCACUAUAUUAAUUUAUCACAAACUUUCCUUUCCCCUAUGUAGCUCCUUUGCCUAGCCUGUUACGGAUCAGGAGGCUCAGCCGUGUAACACAUAAUCGAAAAGCCCUACAUAACUCGAGGUUAGCGCAAGUACUUUUGCGUUAGAACAUUCGUUUGUUAAUAAACCGUCAAUAAGGCCUAAACACCGCCUUAUUCAAGCGCUGAUAUCAUGCUCCUCUAAUCUACAUCCUACGAAUCCUUUCUUUUUUCUAGCAAUGCCGCACGAGAGUGAUGCAUAGCGUACAAGUGUAAUAUUAGGUAUCACAGCUUUUAUCCCUUUGUAGGGUUUCCCUUCUUAAGCAACCCCGGUCUACAGUUUCUUGCGUUUCCAAGACGUUUUGUUAUUCUAAUCGCAAACCCCAAACUAUUAUCAAGUAUCCGACACCAAAAACCUUUUGUAAAAUGGCACCCUCAAUCGAUUCAUUCUUUGAAAAGCAGAUCGCAGAUCGAUGGGGCCCGUCGCGAAACGAGGCGAAUGCUCUUCGCGAGCUUCUCCAAGAAAAGAUCAACCCCGAGGAGGCGGCUACGAGAUUUACAAGCGAUGUCGCUGCAGCUCGUAGUGCCGAUAAGGCUAACGGAUCGCUAUGGGGAAUCUGGAUGCUGCUCCAAGAGACAGCAAAGAAGUUCCCCGAGCAUCAUGUCAAGUUGGUCAAACUGGUAGAUGCUAUUCGACAACUUCCAGACGUCGUAAUCAAGGGAGAAACAGCUGUCAAGUGGCCUGAACUUCCCAAACUGGCCGAAGUAUGGGGAGAGAACGUCUAUAAUCGGGAUGAAUUGGCGUAUUCCGAGGAGCAUGUAGCAGUGACUGCUUUCACAGCUCAGCUGUGUGCAUCACAGCUUGUCGAUGCCAACGAUUUUCUGUCGCCGGCAGUAAAUGACUUCUACGCUGCCUUUGAGCAGACUCCGGCUGCAGGGUCAACCGUUAAGGGAGACGACGUUAGACUGUUGAACUCCAACGUGCCUAUCGCGGCACAAUGGAUUCUUCACGCCGGUGAGGUAAUCUACAACAGCGAAGAGAGUUUUAAUCUCGACCCAAGCGAGGGCUUAUGGUCGGGUAAGCCUGGGUUUAGCUGGGGUAGAUGGAAGCUGUGGAAAGAGAGGGCGGAAUGGGUGUCUGGCCUUAACAAGGUGGUGAGACAAGAGACAAUCGAUGCCGCCAAGAAGAUGGUGGAGAAGAUGAGCCAGAUUGAGAGCCAAGAUGCUUAAGCCUCGAAGGAAGGCGGAUAUUAAAUUUGGAUAACGUAACGAACGAUACACGAGGUAAAGGAGCUUGAUGAUAUGAAAUAAGAGCACCUAUGAUUGACAGCAUUAAUUGCAUGAGAUACUAUAAGACUUUUUGAAGGUUCGCAGGCGUAUAGAUGAGAUGUAUGUACCUAGGAGGUAGGAGGUAUGUUUUUAGAACGGCUGAACGGAUGGGUCUUUGAGGUAUGCAUGUAAAAGAUAAAGUGAGAUGUCGGCAAAAGCGUCCGAUCUAGGUAGGUAC